AUGUUUCUCAUGAACGCCCCUCCUGUGGUUGCUCUCCAGUCGAAAUGGGAGGCCUUUGGCACGCCCGGGGGCUUUAGGUUUCCCGGGGGCUUCGCAGAGCCGCACGAGGGCGUCGCGAGGGCUUCGGUGAGUGCCCGAGUGCAGAUGGUCAUUAGCACGCUGCAGAGCCACGAGGCCGCUCUGGGCAUGAGCAAUGAGCUUGCCCUGCAGAGAAGCCAGAGGGCAGAGAGAGGCCGGGACGCCAGGCUGGCCGCCAACCCUGCGUUUGCCGCCUGUGGGCUUGCUGCCGAUUUUGCCCCCUCCAGGGAGGAGGAAGCUGCAGCCUUUGGCCCCCUGGUGCUGGAUUCGGACAGCGACGAUUCCGUGGACCGGGACAUCGAAGAAGCCAUCCAGGAGUACCUGAAGGCCAAGGGCGGGGCUGCCCAGCCGUCCGGGGCCGCGGAUGGGGGGAGGCGGUGCAGACCAGAGGUUCCCCGGAGUAGCGCCCCGACGGCCCCGUGUCCCCCGAAGCUGGCACCCAGCUCAGGGGGCGCCCCUGGCAGCCGCGUGCGAGCCGGCCGGGACCAGGGCUCCGCCUCCCCGGCGAGCGUUAGCAGCGAUGACUCCUUCGAGCAGAGCAUCCAGGCAGAGAUAGAGCAGUUUCUGAACGAGAAGAGACAACACGAGACCCCAAGAGGUGACGUUUCCGUGGACACGAAACCAGACCCCGGCGAUAAUCCGGCCAGACCGGCGUUUAGGUCCAGCAAAGAGCUGGCGGUCAGGGCACACCAUGCACCGGGUGUGACCGGAGCCUGCAGGGAGUUUGUCUUCCGGAAACCCCCCAGGCUGUCGAGGGUGAGCACGCGGCCCCGAGGCCUCAGGUCUAAGGCGGAUGUGGAGCCUGCAGAAGCGGCCCAGAAUAAAGGUACCAUCAGGAGGAGCACGGGCCCCGGAAGGAGGGCGAAGCGACCCAAGAGCACGGCCCCGGUGCCCGAGGCGUCCGGCUCCAGCAGUGACGAUGGCAUCGAGGAGGCCAUCCAGCUGUACCAGCUGGAGAAAAGGAAGGAGGCGAGCGGAGACCCGCCGCAGAGAGCACCCUUCGCGGAGGGGAGGGGGCCCGACCCUCCCCCACGCGGCACAAGCCACUCCACAAAAAGUGCCUUGCCCGAAACCCACAGGAAAACACCAAGCAGGAAGAAGCCGGUGGCCCCGAAGGCCGUGGACCUCCGCCCAGGUGGCCCUGCCCCUGACCCCCCCUCCAGGCCCCCCAGGGAACCCAGAGCUGCCGAAGACGAGCUUGCCAAACGGCCGCCGUGCGGGGCAGAAACAUCCGCCGAGCUGAUGUGCGCGGAAGCGAUCCUGGACAUUUCCAAAACGAUCCUGCCAGCCCCCGUGGGGGGCAGCGAGAGCCCCCCGCCUGCCAGCCCUCUCUCCUACCCCCUAGCCCUGCCUGCCCGCUCCGACGGGGACAGCAGCUCCGUGGACAGCAGUGACAGCAUCGAGCAAGAGAUCCGGACGUUCCUGGCUCUGAAGGCUCAGUCGGGGGGUUGGCUGGCCACAACGGAGAGCCGCCCACAGUCCACACAGAGCCCACCGCCGUCGCCUGGCCCCGGGGUCCCUGUCUCCAAGACGCCGGGCCCGUCGCUGAGCUGCAGCAGGAAACGCAGGGGAGGCAGCAACGCUGUGCGGCCGUCCACACCCAAGAAAACCAGAGAGAUGGUGCAGGAGGGGGCCCAGGCCGCAGACCACGGCCCCGGGAACGUGCAGCCCGGCCGGGCCCCCAGGACGGAGGGCGAGACCAGGGGCCAGCCCCUCUCCUGCAGGCCGCUGGAGCUGGGCGAGCAGCACAGUGGCCCGGACCCGAGGGGCGGUGUGUGGCCCGGCCACGGGAAGGCGGCUGCGGGGAGGAGCACCGGGGGGAAGGGGAGCUCGGAGGACAAGAGCAGCUCACUGGACAGCGACGAGGACCUGGACACCGCCAUCAAGGACCUGCUUCGGUCCAGGCGCAGGCUCAGGAGGAGGUGGAAGGACCCCAGGGCCGCGUGCAAGAGGAAGGUCCGGUUCAGCACCACCGAGACCCAGUGCGUGGAUAAACUCGGGGGCUGCCAGGACUGGAAAGACAGGAGCCCCCCUCUGCUGAAGAGUUGCCUCUCCAAACCCAAAAAAGACAGCAGAGAGAAUCAGGUGAAGACAACUUUGAGCGUCUCCUGCAGGGAGACGGAGAGAACGCGGGCCGACAGCACGGGGGCCGCGGACGCGCCCCCGGUCCUCCAGUCAAGGAGAAAAGCGCCCGAAGGGAACUCGUUCUGCGGGGACGCAGAAGCCUGUGAACUUCAAGGUGCAGGCCCCAGCCCCGGGCCCCCGCCCGAUGACAGCAGCUCCGUGGACAGCGAUGACAGCAUCGAGCUGGAGAUUAGAAGGUUUUUGGCGGAAAAGGCCAAGGAGUCUGGGAGCGGUUCAGAGGCCCUAGGAGGGGGCCCCGCCGCCCCGGGCACACGGAGCAUGCCCAGGCCCGAGCUGCCGUGCCAGAAGGUGUCCACUCCCGCCCCGGCCCUUCAGCCCGGUGUGUGCACACAGAGCCAGCGGGGCAGGGGUGGCCCUGGGGGCACGGGGAGGGCCUUCCUUCCAGGCGGGAGGAGCGGCCCCCUGGCGGAGCAGGCCUGCCUCCCUGCGGCCCUGGCCAGGCGCACCGGCACGGCCGGGGCCCUGUCCGCCAGAGGGUCGGCUGCCGGUCGGAGACUCGUUUGCACUCACAGAGAUCAGAGCCCGCGAGGGGCCGGGGGUGCCAGAGAGCGUGCUCUUGGCCCGCCGCCCGCUCACGUCGAAGCUGGCGUCCGGACGGAAAGCCCCGGUGCGGCCUUUGCUGUGACCACACGGGGCCGGAGCCCGCGGACUCGCAAGCCGGGAGCAGAUGGCCUGGGGGGCCCCCAGACCGGCCUCGCCCUCCCGUGGGCCGACUUCGCCCACCAGAGUCGGCUGCAGAGCGCGUGGGCGCUGAGCCCAGAGGGCAGAGAGGCCGUGUGGAGAGGGGGCCUUGGGGGCCAGAGAGACCAGGGGCCGGAGGACCAGGACCCCAAGAAAGGCCUGCCCUUCGCGGGCUUCUCCUCACUGCUGUCCACACAGUUAUUCCACUUCGGGAAGAGUGUCUCCUGGGGGGGGAAGCAGGCGGGAGUCUUUAGCCCACCCCUGAGUCUGCCCCUGCAGGGCCCGUCCUUCUCGGCCUUCAGAGACACGCCGGCUGGCCGCAGCCCCGUGUCCGGAGGCUCGCACCUGCUCACGAAGAAGGAAGGCGGACGCUGGCCCAGCCGGAAGUCACAGGCUGCGUGCACCCUGCACGCCAGGAGGAACUCGGGCUCUGAGGACGAUGGUUUGGACCUGAGGUACAGGCGGAGGGCCGUCGGUGGAGAGGACAAGGCCCGGGAGGCCGUGGGCAGUGACUCGAGCGAGCUCAGCGACACGUCCGUGGAGGAGGGCGGCGGCCCGGCGGCCGAGGGCAAAGCCCUCCAGCCCUGA